GGCCGGUGUUUCGUAACGUUGAUCGAAUACGUUUUGCGUGUAUUAUUCAUAAUUAGAAUGUGUACAAAGUGAAUUAGAGUCCGUGCAAAGAUCGAAUGAGAACGACGUGAGGAAAAUGGCUUUGUCAAGCAGAGGGGUUUCGUUUCUGAGGGCUGGAGUUGGACGUCUGCAAACUCAGGCAACAUGUAGUUUGGCUACAUCAUCUAGACACAAUGCAAGUGCAGAUAAAAAUGAGUCCCUCAAGGAUGAAGAUAGGAUAUUUACCAAUCUGUAUGGCAGACAUGACUGGAAGCUGAAGGGAGCUAUGGCCAGGGGAGACUGGUACAAGACCAAGGAGAUUCUAUUGAAAGGACAUGAUUGGAUAUUGAAGGAGAUCAGAGACUCUGGUCUCCGAGGGAGAGGCGGUGCAGGUUUCCCUACCGGUAUGAAGUGGGGCUUCAUGAACAAGCCCUCAGAUGGAAGACCUAAGUACCUGGUAGUGAAUGCAGAUGAAGGGGAACCAGGCACCUGUAAAGACAGAGAGAUCAUGAGGCAUGAUCCUCACAAGCUGGUAGAGGGCUGUCUGGUUGCUGGCAGAGCCAUGGGAGCUAGGGCAGCUUAUAUCUACAUCCGUGGAGAGUUCUACAAUGAAGCCUCUAACAUGCAGCUUGCAAUCAAAGAGGCCUAUGAAGCAGGUUACCUGGGAAAGAAUGCCUGUGGGUCAGGGUAUGACUUUGAUGUCUACAUGCACAGGGGUGCCGGAGCAUACAUCUGUGGAGAGGAGACUGCCCUGAUUGAGAGUCUCGAGGGCAAGCAGGGCAAACCCCGUCUCAAGCCUCCUUUCCCCGCUGAUGUCGGUGUCUUCGGUUGCCCUACCACUGUAGCUAAUGUUGAGACAGUCGCUGUUGCACCAAUCAUCUGCAGGAGGGGAGCUCCGUGGUUCGCUGGCUUUGGACGCGAACGCAACCAGGGCACCAAACUGUUCAACAUCUCAGGGAAUGUUAACACCCCCUGCACCGUGGAGGAGUCCAUGUCUAUCCCCCUCAAGGUCCUGAUUGAGAAACACGCCGGCGGUGUAGAGGGGGGCUGGGAUAACCUCCUAGCUGUCAUCCCAGGGGGUUCGUCUACCCCUAUGAUCCCUAAAGAUGUGUGUGAUGAUGUCCUGAUGGACUUUGAUGCCCUGGUGGCCGCCCAGACUGGUCUCGGUACCGCUGCUGUCAUUGUGAUGAACAAGCAGGCUGAUGUCAUCCGAUGCAUCGCUAGGCUCAUGGAGUUCUACCAGCAUGAGAGCUGUGGACAGUGCACACCAUGCAGAGAAGGGACUGGCUGGAUGACAAAGAUCACCAACAGGUUUGUUGAAGGCAAUGCCAAGCCAGACGAGAUCGAUAUGUUGUAUGAGCUGAGCAAGCAGAUUGAGGGCCAUACUAUCUGUGCUCUAGGAGAUGGUGCAGCAUGGCCUGUACAGGGUCUUAUCCGUCACUUCCGUCCGGAGCUAGAAGCGAGGAUGAAGAAGUUCCACGAGGGCAAGCAAAAGGCAUCAGCCACAGCAUAAGGUCUACUGUCGCACCAAAGCAUUUAUUACCCUACCAAAAAAAUCUAUUGAAAGCAUAGAGGUUAAGUCCCUACAUGCUGUGAUUGCAUGAUAUAGAGAUGUUUUCAAUAGAUGUUUUCAAUAUUAGGA